CACACUCACGGAAACCCAACCGCAGCUACUUCCGCCCACACUAAAGAUGGCGGCUCCCUUCUUGGAGAAAAUAGCCGAAUAUUUCGGUUCACCCGAACCGGCUAUUCGAUUGAUUUUGUCUGUCUUAUUAGGUUAUCCCUUUGCACUGGUGUACCGGUGGUUUUUCUUUCAUCAGUCUGCGACAGUUGUUCAUCUCUUCCACACAUUCACCGGCCUGGCACUGGCCACGUUUAAUUUUGGUGAGAUAGAGAAUGAAGCAGGGAAGGAGUGAAGAGCUGAAAGAUCUGAUAACUAGUGUCUUUACAACUGUAACAUGUUUAAGUGAGAUCUACUAGCUUUUUUUAGCAGCACACUACUGGUCAUGAUUACGUGAAUGUCAGUCAUAUGAUCUACGGCAGGGCUUGUCAACUAACAGCGGUUCACGGUUAGCGACUGUCGGUCCACCGUAUUUAGACUGGAGAAUUUUUCUGCCAUUAGAUCAUUUCCCCUAGUUUCAUGCAAUGUUGAACUUGCUCUGUUCACACAGAUUUUAUCAUGUCUUAUCUAACUACACAAGAAGAGUUGAGUCUAACUAAAUGGACAAAGUAUGUCAGUUGCAUUCUCAAUAUUAAAUGACAUCAAAGUGGAUUCAAACAUUGUUUUCUCAUUUUCUCGCUGUCAGUUUAAAAAGGGAAGAUAAAGAAGAAUACAUGUUUUUAUUAAGUUUUAAAAGUAUUAUUAAUGUAAUAUCACAGUUCUGUUUUUGGCUUUCUUUUCUUUUUGCUUAUGUGGUUGAAUUUUGUCAAAGAUAAAGACUUUUAGUAUAUCUUUUUUAAAGCUGUUUCUCAGUUUCCUAAUUUCAGAACAGUUGCUCUAAAAAUAUUACACUACCGUUUAAAAGUUUGGAGUUGGUGUAUAUAUAUAUAUAUAUAUAUAUGGAUGUUUUUGAAAGAAGUCUGUUAAGCUCACCAAUGCUGCAUUUAUUUGAUUUCAAAUACAGUAAAAACAGUAAUAUUGUGAAAUAGUUUUACAAUUUAAAAUAAUAGUUUUCUAUUUUAAUAUAUGUUAAAAUGUAAUUUAUUCCUGUGAUGGCAAAGCUGAAUUUUCAGCAUCAUUACUCCAGUCUUCAGUGUCACAUGAUCCCUCAGAAAUCAUUCUAAUAUGCUGAUUUGCUGCUCAGGAAACAUUUAUUAUUAUUAUCAUCAAUGUUUAAAAUGUAAAAAAUAACAAUGUAAAGUCAUUACUGUCACUUUUGAUCAAAUUAAUAUGUCCUUGAUGAACAAAAGUUUUCAUUUCGUUUAAAAAAAAAAAAAAGACUGAUCCCAGAUUUUCGAAUGGUAGUAUAUAUUUCUCGUUCAUAUAAAGUUAAUAAACACAGCGAUAAGUGUUUUUAGUUGUAUUUUUAAUGAUAACAUGUUUGACGUCCAGUGAAAGUGCUUAAUUAUUUCUUUUUGGCCACUGUCAGAUUUUCUCUUGAGGCUAUACUCUUUAAAGUUAUUGACCAUGUAAUGUCCUUGAGAAUAAUGGAGGGAAAAUGAAGGCUAUCCUGACUAACUGCUCUACAGUUUGUGGUAAUGAUUUCCUGGUGACUGUGGCUUUGACAUAAAGAAGAUUGUGACAGAGAGACAUGAGGUUUUGUCGCCAUGGCAAUAACCCCUGGUGGUGAGAGCGUAGCUAAUGAGAAUAUGAGUGGCAGGUUGAAAAGCAAGCUAAUGAAAACAGAUAAGUGUUGUGUUGGGAAAUGUGAAAAUUAACUUGUGCUUGUAUUCUGUGUAUUUGAUUUCUUUUGUGCUGCGUUUGGAUCUAACAGCAGGGUCUCAGGUCGGUCACUCCUUCUUAUGUGUAGUCAUUCAGUUCUUGAUGCUGAGGCUGAUGGGAAGGACAGUCACAUGUGUUCUGAGUAGCUUUAUCUUUCAGAUGACAUAUCUGUUGACGGGUUAUUACUACACAGCUACAGACGAGUAUGAUAUCAAAUGGACUAUGCCUCACUGUGUCCUCACACUCAAACUCAUCGGUUUAGCGCUUGAUUACUAUGACGGUGGAAAAGAACAAUCUCAGAUUAGUGCAGAGCAGAAGAAGUCUGCCCUCAGCUUUACGCCGUCUCUGUUGGAGGUCUUUGGUUUCUCAUACUUCUAUGGAGGCUUUCUGGUAGGGCCUCAAUUCACACUGCGAAACUACCAGAUGCUGGUGUCUCGAGAGAUGACCGAUGUCCCUGGACAACCACCUAAUAGUGUGGUUCCAGCAAUGAAGCGAUUCAGUUUAGGUCUGAUCACCCUAUCAGUCUUUGCGAUAGGCGGGCCGCUCUACCCAGCUAGCUACUACUUAACAGAUGAGUUUGAGGCACAUCCAUUCUGGUACAAAUGUGUGUACAUCCUAGUGUGGGUGAAAAUAAACCUGUAUAAGUACAUCAGCUGCUGGCUAAUCACGGAAGGUGUGUGUAUACUCUCCGGGUUGGGCUAUAAUGGGAAGAACGAAAAAGGGGAGCCCCAAUGGGAUGCCUGUGCCAAUGUGAGGGUGUGGCUAUUUGAGACCACGCCCCUCUUCACAGGCACCAUCAAUUCCUUCAACAUCAACACAAAUGCUUGGGUGGCCAGGCAUGUGUUUAAGAGAUUGAAGUUUAUGGGUAACAAGUUGCUGUCUCAAAUGUUUACGUUGUUAUUCCUGGCUGUCUGGCACGGCUUGCACUCAGGAUACCUCAUCUGCUUUUCCUUGGAGUUCAUCAUUGUCAAUGUGGAGAAGCAGGCUCAGGCACUGGUGCGGGACAGUCCUUUGCUGACAUCCAUCGCUCAAAGUCAUCUGUAUCCACUAGUUUAUUUAGUACAGCAGUUAGUUCACUGGCUAUUUAUGGGAUACCCUCUGGUGCCAUUCUGCCUCUUCACUUACGACAAGUGGCUAAAGGUUUACUACUCCAUUUAUUUCUGUGGCCACAUCUUUUUCUUCGCUGCCUUUCUUGUGCUGCCAUACCUCCGCAAGGUGUUCGUGCCUCGAAAAAGAGGCAGUGAGAAAAAGGAGGAUUAAUUAGAAAGGUUUGUUUGCGGCCAUUUUGACUGAAGUGAACUGUGACUUUUAAAGAGCACCUGAAGAGGACAAAUUUUAAGGCCUUUAGUAAUAUAUUACUAUUUACAUACAGCACUGAUGUAUGUGUACAAAUGUUAGUGCGUUUGAAAGUUUUCUCAUUCUUUGGGAAUUGUGGUGGACUAUAAUGAAAAGGGUUAAAAGCUGCAGAAGUACAAACAUUUCUGAGGUUCAAUAUUCGUUAAAUAAGAUUUACUGAUGUUUGGUGGCUGAAAAUAAUUAUACUGUAUCUGCUCAUACCAUUGCACUCAUUACUCACAGGAAACAGGAAAUGAGAUCAUUACUAAUCAGAACUGGCUUUUGCUGUCGCUGAGGACAUGUGUGCACUUUUAGAGGGAAUGUAGAGCAUGAUUUUGAAAGAUGGAAACAAAUGAGACCUUUUUUAUUUUAUUUUGCUAGCAACUCCCAACUUGCUUACCUUUAGAUUGAAAAGAGAAACACUGAAAUGUGACACAAACAUAAGAGUGAACAGUGACUGCACACUCAGCAUCGCCUGGCAUUAUAAAUGAAUGUUUUUCAUUUUUAUAACCAUUUUUUUUGUCUUGUGAUCAGACAACUUCUGAUGGGGGAUCUUCUCAUUUUUUUUAGGAAGGGGUUUUAUGGUAACUGCUUUUUUUUUAUAGGUUUUUUUUUCUGACACACUUUCAUAAAAAGGCUCAUCAUUCUGUCAUCUCAUCCUCUCACUCCAUUUAACACUGUCAGGCCAUCCACCUGACCUUUUCUCGUUCACUCCAUUUUCUCCAGCAAAACUUUUUGUCCAGUGUAUGAGCACAAGCAAAACAGAAACACAUCAACACUACUCACCGGAAUCAUAUAUGAGGGUAAAUGUGUGUCAGUAUUAUUAAGAGCAGACAAUUAUAUAUAUAUUUAAAUUAUAAGUAUUUACUGAGCAAUGAACUAAACUGUGCACAUAAAAAAAACUGCUGUUAUUCAGAUUGAAAAAGUGUGUGUGUGUUUGUGUACAGUCCUUAAAAAUGUCAUUGUGUUUCAUUGCACAGUGAAGUUAUUUUUAUACUUAAAACAUCUAACAUUCUCAACAUUUGUAUUCGUACAUCAGGUCUUUUUCUUUGCGAUCUGCUCUCAGUAAUUCCUACGCAUAUUUGCCUUCAUAUCCAUUCUGUAUGACAUGACAUAUUGAAGACCCUUGGCACAAAUGUACAUCACUCUUCAGUGAGGACCGAUUUUUAAAACCUGCACCCAGAUUCAAUCCGAAGAAGCAGAGGCUCACUGUAGCAACGGAAUUGUUUUAUAAUAUUUAUACAUGUGGUUGCAAAUUUUGAUGUAAAAAUUGUUUUUGGGAAACAACUACUACUGCCUUACUGCUACCAAAUGUACAAAAAAGAAAAAGAAAAAAACAGAGAAAAAAAAAACAAUUACUUUUAAAUGAAAACGUUUUUUGUAAUAUUCAUUAAAAAUGCUGGAUUUUAACAAAA